AUGAUUAAAAAAGAUCCUCCACCUUCAUAUACAAAUAAAUCAACUUACUUUAUUGAUAAGAAAGAUCAACCUCCACCAUUUGAAGAACAUAUUUUAGGUGAUGAACCAGUAUAUUUUAAAGAUGCAUCAACAAGGGGUUGGACAGUUGUUAUAAAUAAUAGAUCUUGGACUGAUAAUUUUAGAAUAUUUGUAAGUAAGGAUUCAAGUGAAAAAUUCGAUGCUUUCAAAAACAACACUACUGAUUCCAAUGUUAUGGAUUUGAAAAGACAAGGCGUUGGUAUUCCAUUACUUAAAGUGUUAGUUCCACAUAAUCCUAUAACAACUAAAUUUUUGACUUUUAGAAGAUACUAUCCUAAUCCUGAUGGUCCUUUUGAUAUUGAUAAACAUUUUUAUGAAUUUUGUACAGUAAAAAAACAUUAUCAUAUCGGUUAUGACUCCUAUGUUUUUGAUUUCAAACCAGAUAAAGAUACAGAUAAAGGAAAUUUUCAAAUUACUAUGUUUUCUCAUUCAAGAUUUCCGGUCCAUGACUAUAUGUAUAAUGGCGAAAGACAUAGAUGGAUAGAUGAAACAUUUAUUGAUUAUUUUAAAAAAUUGUUUCAAGUAAAAUUUGGGUUCAAACACACCAUUCUAGUUCCUGAUCAACCAUCUUUAUGUGAUAAUUGGGAUGGUAAAAGUCAUAAAUUAGAUAAAACUAAAGAAAAUCCAUUUUUAGCAUCAUUCCUAAAACAAAAAUUUAAUUUUAAAACAAGAGUACCUAAACCUGAAUAUUAUGGUACAAGGUGUUCUGCAAUUUUGGGAGAGCCAGAGGCUUAUUUCAAGUUGGGUUUUGCAGAGGUAAGAAUUGAUGAUUUAUAUAAUACUGAAUCAGAUGUUAAUUAUGAUAGUAUUUUAUCAAUAAAUCAAGAUGCUUUGGUACUAAUUUGUAUUGCAACCGUCUUGAAACGACAAAAAGAUAUAAUUGAGGAUAGACAAGAGGCUGAAGUAAUGCUCUGA